CCACGCAGUAGCGCCGAUUUCAAUGGGGCUCGACCUGACCUGGUACCUUCUCUUCUCUCGUGGAAGGAGAUCCUCAUUUCAAUGAUAAUAUAGCUGGGAAACGCCCUCUAGACAGCGACAAUACUCGAAACAUGAUUCCACGAGAAAUCGUCGCCCAGCUAAUAGCGGAACGAGGAGACUUGAACCCUGCACCACGAGGCAUUCAAGAAGUCAUAACGGCAUGUUGCUUCCUCUCGAUCUUGCUGCCGGCAGGAGUUGUGCGCUUAAGCGCUGGACCGAUUAUCUUCGGUCUCUACUUCUACAUCCUCUUCUGGACCGAGCAACAGUCUCGUCAAUCAUAUUUACUGGGAGUGUCCUGUACGAUUCUGGUUUAUCGAUGGCUUGAUCUUGUGGUCAUCCAUAAGCCGGAACGUGACUUCUGGAAGGUCGAGGAGCAGGACGAUGGCACGGUGGUGCAGGGGCGGGCUCCAGAGGGUUGGUGGCCUAGGUUGAAAUGGGCGUUCUUCCUUUGGAAUAAUCAGAGAGGCGUAGGCUGGAACAUUGAGCCGGAUUGCCUACCUGCUGCCGUUCCUCGAGGAUAUUCACGAAGUCAAUUUCUCAAGGACACCUUCCGACGCUUUGGUUAUGCUUUGCUCAGCCAAGCUUUGACUAAUGCCGUCCUGCGAAUAGGAUACUUCUACUUUCUCUCCCAAUACCCAUGGGACGAUCAAUCCUAUCACUUUUUCCGAUUCCCCUUGACUGGACAAAUCAUGCUCUCUUGGGUGACAGCUUUCAAGCUCUACACUAAUAUUAAUAUGUUGUAUUUUGCAUUAGCUUUGGUCACAGUACUUCUCAACAUUUAUGAACCUCGGGACUGGCCCCCAAUCUUUGGUUCUUUUCUGUUUGACGGAUGGAGCGUGAGAAAUAUGUGGGGACGCUGCUGGCAUCAGAUGAUGAGACGUCCUUGUUCGGAGGCUGGACGGAUUGUCAAGAAUAUCUUCGGCUUCAGAAAGGGUGGUUUCAUGAGCAGAUACAGCCAAAUUUGGGUUGGAUUUGCUGUCAGCGCUUUAGCCCACCAGGCUGGUGCUAAGGUGGGAAUGUACCAAGAUGGAGGGUAUUGGCAAGCUGUCUACUUCAUGACCCAGCCCCUAGCUAUCAUGUUCGAAGAUGGGAUUAUGGCUCUGGGUCGCAGAGCAGGAGUGAAGUCGAGCGGUUGGACGAAAUUUAUUGGCAGGGCAUGGGUAUUUCUCUGGUUCUCAUGGACAUUGAGAUUCAUGGUUGCAUACCAGCCAACGUCUUGGCUUAUCGACGAAUCAGUCAUCCCUUGGAACUCGGCAACAAUAGCAGCAGCUGACAAAAUAGAUCCUGAUCUAGCUGUACUGUUGACAGCUGAGCACUGGAAGCUGCGUUGGUUGUGCAACGCACUUGGCAUUGAGUGUGGAUAUUACAGCGACAAGGUUUAUUGGUGAUGAGAGUGAACUCGGGAAGCAAGAGGAAAGAUGUGCAUUGCCUAAGUAUAGAUAUCCCC